UGGGCGUGAUUUUUUGGAAGGUGAUUAACAUCGAGCGGAGCCUAGCCUUCUGAAACGCUGAGUUCUGCCACUCCCUACGCCUGUGGACCCGUAGUCUCGAUCCGCUCGCGAAGCUCCAUUGAAACUCCGUUGAGCUGGAUGAGAGACGAGCCCACGCGCCUUCUCCCGGAUCAUAGAAACAGCGGGUUAAGGGAUAAAGGAGGACGCCCGUUUUCAUUCUGAAGUCGGACACGGGAUUGCACGUUUUCUUCCAAGGGAUUGGAUUGAAAAAGGAAUAAAACUCACAUAAAGAGGGGGGGAAGAUGUCCAAGAUGGAGGUGAAGACGUCGCUUCUUGACAACAUGAUAGGUGUGGGGGACAUGGUCCUGCUGGAGCCCUUGACUGAGGAGUCCUUCAUCGAGAACCUGAAGAAGCGCUUUGAUCACAACGAGAUCUAUACCUACAUCGGAAGUGUGGUCAUCUCCAUAAACCCCUACAGGUCCCUGCCCAUCUUCACCCCAGACAAAGUGGAAGAGUACAGGAACCGGAACUUCUACGAGCUCAGCCCCCACAUCUAUGCUCUGGCGGACGAGGCCUACCGCUCCUUGCGAGACCAGGAUAAAGACCAGUGCAUUCUCAUCACCGGGGAGAGUGGAGCGGGGAAGACAGAGGCCAGUAAGCUGGUGAUGUCAUACGUGGCGGCCGUGUGCGGGAAGGGCCAGGAAGUCAACAAGGUGAAGGAGCAGCUGCUGCAGUCCAAUCCCGUGCUGGAGGCUUUUGGGAACGCCAAAACAGUGAGGAACGACAACUCGUCCCGAUUCGGGAAGUACAUGGACAUCGAGUUCGACUUCAAGGGCGACCCGUUGGGCGGAGUCAUCAGCAACUAUCUCCUGGAGAAGUCGCGGGUGGUGAAACAGCCUCGGGGAGAGAGGAACUUCCACAUCUUCUAUCAGCUUCUGUCCGGAGCGCCGGAGGACACUCUGAAGAAACUGAAGCUGGACAGAGACUUCAGCAAGUACAACUACCUGAGCCUGGACUCCGCGGUGGUGAACGGGCUGGACGACGCCGCCUGCUUCCGGACCGUCAGGAAUGCCAUGCAGAUCGUGGGCUUCAUGGAGGACGAGGUGCAGUCGGUGCUGGAGCUGGUGGCCGCCGUGCUCAAGCUGGGCAACAUCGAGUUCAAGCCCGAGUCGCGCGUCAACGGGCUGGACGAGAGCCGCGUGAAGGACAAGAACGACCUGAAGGAGAUGUGCGAACUGCUGGGGACCGAGCAGUCGGUGCUGGAGAGAGCCUUCAGCUUCCGAACUGUGGAGGCCAAGAUGGAGAAGGUCUCCACCACCCUCAACGUGGCCCAGGCCUAUUACGCACGGGACGCGCUCGCCAAAAACCUGUACAGUCGUCUCUUCAGCUGGCUGGUGAACCGGAUCAACGAGAGCAUCAAGGCCCAAACCAAAACGCGCAAGAAGGUGAUGGGCGUCUUGGACAUCUACGGCUUUGAAAUUUUCGAGGACAACAGCUUCGAGCAGUUCAUCAUCAACUACUGCAACGAGAAGCUGCAGCAGAUCUUCAUCGAGCUGACGCUGCGCGAGGAGCAGGAGGAGUACGUCCGUGAGGGGAUCGAGUGGACCAACAUUGAUUAUUUCAACAAUGCCGUCAUCUGCGACCUCAUUGAGAAUAACCAGAACGGGAUCCUGGCCAUGCUGGAUGAGGAGUGCCUCAGGCCGGGCACGGUGACGGACGACACCUUCCUGGACAAGCUGAACACCGUGUGCGCCGAGCACCCGCACUUCGAGAGCCGCCUCAGCAAGAACUCCAAGUUCCUGGCCGACCACAGCCUGCCACACAGCUGCUUCCGCAUCCAGCACUACGCCGGCAAGGUGCUGUACCGUGUGGAGGGUUUCGUGGACAAAAACAACGACCUGCUGUACCGGGACCUGUCCCAGGCCAUGUACAAGGCCAACCACAGCUUGAUGAAGCUCCUCUUCCCCGAGGGAAACCCGGCCAAGGUCAACCUGAAGAGGCCCCCAACCGCUGGCUGCCAGUUCAAGGCCUCGGUCGGCACCCUCAUGAAGAACCUCCAGACCAAGAACCCCAAUUACAUCAGGUGCAUCAAGCCCAACGACAAGAAGGCGGCCCACAUCUUCACGGACUCGCUGGUGUGCCACCAGGCGCGCUACCUGGGCCUGAUGGAGAACGUGCGGGUGCGCCGCGCGGGCUACGCCUUCCGCCAGGCCUACGAGCCCUGCCUGGAGCGCUACAAGAUGCUCUGCAAGCAGACCUGGCCGCACUGGAGGGGCCCCGCCAGGACGGGGGUGGAGGUGCUCCUAACCGACCAGCAGGUGCCAGCUGAGGAGUUUUCGUACGGGCGGUCCAAGAUCUUCAUCAGGAACCCUCGGACGCUCUUCACCCUGGAAGAGAAGAGGAGGCAGUGCUUGGAAGACCUGGCCACGCUCAUCCAGAAGAUCUACCGCGGCUGGAAGUGUCGCAAGCGCUUCCUGCUCAUGAAGCGGAGCCAGGUCGUCGUGGCGGCCUGGUACCGUAGAUACGCGCAACAAAAGCGAUACCAGCAGAUCAAGAGCUCCACCAUUGUGAUGCAGUCGUUCACCAGGGGGUGGAAGGCCCGUAAGAUCCUUCGUGAGCUGAAGUACCAGAAGAGGUGCAAGGAGGCGGUGACCACCAUCGCGGCGUACUGGCACGGGACCCAGGCGCGGAGGGAACUGCGUCGCUUAAAGGAAGAGGCUCGGAACAAACACGCGGUCUCUGUCAUUUGGGCCUUCUGGCUGGGCACGAAGGCUCGGAGGGAACUGCGUCGCUUAAAGGAGGAGGCCCGGAACAAACACGCGGUCUCUGUCAUUUGGGCUUCCUGGCAGGGCACGAAGGCACGCAGGGAGCUGAGGCGGCUGAAGGAGGAGGCCAGGCGUAAGCACGCCGUCGCCGUCAUUUGGGCCUACUGGUUGGGACUGAAGGUCCGUCGGGAGUACAGGAAGUUCUUCAGGGCCAACGCCGGAAAGAAGAUCUACAACUUCACCGUUCAGAGGAUUAUGCAGAAAUACUUCCUGGGCCUGAAAAAUGCGAUGCCCUCCAUGUCGCCCAUCGACAAAACCUGGCCGGUCCGGCCGUACGCCUUCUUGGACCGGGCGGAUAAGGAGCUGAAGAGGAUCUUCCACCUGUGGAGGUGCAAGAAAUACCGGGGCCAGUUCACGGAGCAGAAGAAGGCGAUCUACGAGGAGAAGCUGGCGGCCAGCGAGAUCUUCAAGGACAAGAAGGCCCUUUACCCCAGCAGUGUUGCCCAGCCAUUCAAAGGAGACUACCUGGAGAUAAACAAGAACCCCAAGUACCAGAAACUCAACAGCCUGGUGGAGGAUAAGGUCAUCCUGGCAGACGUGGUCAACAAGAUCAACCGGGCCAACGGCAAGGCAACUCCUCGCAUUUUCCUCCUGACCAAGAGCAACUUCGUCCUGGCCGACCAGAAGUCGGGGCAGGUGAAGGCCAGCGUGCCGCUGCCGGACCUGACCGGCGUGUCGGUCAGCACCCAGAGCGACGGCUUCUUCGCUCUGCGCCUCAAAGAGGGCACUGCUUCAGCAGCCAAGGGGGACUUCCUGUUGAGCAGCGACCGCCUGAUCGAGAUCAUCACCAAGCUGCACCGCGCUGGUGCGGCCGCUGCAGAGAGGGAGCAGAUCAACGUCGACAUCUCGGACGAGUUCCUCGUGCAGUUCAAACAUGACAAGGUGUGCGUCAAGUUCAUCCCUGGGGGGCCCAAGAACGGGAGCAGCGUCAGCUGCAAACGCAAGAACAACCGUCUGCUGGAGGUGUCCGUGCCGUCUCCAUAGAGACGCCUCAACGCCCCCCUCCCCCCCGCCUUAUCCCCCUCCCCCCACCCACCCACCUUUGCCCUGUGCCAACUCUGGGACUUCACCUCCCUCCCCCUCACCCAACCCUGAUUACUGUGCAAUUCUUUCUUUCUUCUGAUUUUAAAUCAUGAAAUCAUGUUGCCAUUUUCCUUCUGCGCUGCCAUGCCAUGAAUAGGACUCUUUCCCCCCCUUCCCCCACCCAACUGACGACCAAGGACCAGCAUGCCAUGGGGGAGGUUGGGGCUACAGGAGGACGUGGACUUUUCCAGAAAAGAAAGGACAUUGCUCUUUUUGUUUUAAAGUUGGGGUGAAGACGGUGUGCUUCUUCCUUGUUGGGACACAACAAAAAGGCUUUCCAGUUUGAUGACGACGACGACGAUGUUGAUUUGUCACGGUGACGAAGGUGGUGUUUAGUAAUCUUAUGUCCCAGCAUGCACCUGCUGCGAUUCUGCCACUGUGUCACCACCAUCUUCUGUGUUUAAAGCCUUCAGAAACGGGCAUUUUAGGCAUUGUGUGUGUGUGGGAAUCCAAGCAGGGCAGAAGAAAAGAAAUUUAGAUGUUUUUAAAGAUUUUUUUUUUUUUAGAAAUGACCGGAGGUUCCAAACUGAAUGAUGGCACUUGUUCGUACUCACCAGAGCAUUUAAAAGGGGCUGGACGUUGAUUAUUGAUUUUCUUAGACUGCCCUUGGCUGUGGGCUGUUGCUACUCUUGCACACGGCACAGACUCAGUGACUACUUGUGACACAGAAGUCACAAGACAAUAGAUUUCACACAAGAUUGUAUCACGUUUCCUAGUUCAUUUAAGUCUUUUAACUCCCAUGCUAUCAGUCUCUCACAACAUGUAGAAUUCUGACGUUUAGCCUGGCGGCGUGCUAUUCGCCGGAAAGUUAAGAGGACCCCGUCUGAAAGCCAAAAAUGUAAUCGAUUACCAAGAAGAGUCCUCUACAUUUCUCUGGUAGGAAUGCCAAAAAAUAUAUAUGUCCUUUAUAAAAGCCCCUCUUGACAGCUUGCUGUUCGCGCAAUCGAUGCUCCAAAUCACCCCUGUGAUUCUUGUGAGUGUACAUUUAUUAUGAUUAUUAUUAUUAUUUUUAUUUUUUUCGUUGUUUUGUUUACCUCAAAUUUGCCGCUCGAUGUAGUGUCACGAUUCCUUGCGUAUUUAUAUCAGGAAUAGUCUUCUUUGUGUGGAUAUGACCGGGGCGAUUGACAAAGGCCAAACGAUUUGCAACGACGCGAAUUGUCUGGGCAACUGCGCCCCUGGAGAUUUUCGUGGUGGCUUCCAGACGCGGCGUACUUACGGGGCGCGCGGCAGCGCGUGCUUUCUGUACCUUCGCUUUGAAGAGGACCUUAAUCGGAACGCCGUAUGGGCUUUCAACGUUGUUCCUUCACCAGGCAAGAAAGAAAAACUUAAACCGCACCUCUGUCUGGCUACACUGCGGAAUUUCACUUUUUUAACCACGCGCGUAUACGUAAAUUUGGUUUCAUUUUUUCCCAUUUUCUUAAAGUCGUUGUAACUGAUGCCCGUCAGUUGCACAGAGGCUUACCCACUACGUGGAAGCUGUUUGGGUGACCUCGCUCGUUAGCUUGUCGCUGUAUCGCGGAAAUCUAUAGGUCCUCUUUCAUCAGAAUGCGUGGGGCUCUUGUAUUUUUAGCUCCUCGGCGGAGACUAAUAAUAUUCAGUGUUUUCCUUGGGCCCGAUCCGAGCUGCUGUGAGCGCGAGCGCCUAUGUGUCAAGGACAAGUACAGCUUCCACCAGUACAGCUUCGCGCUUUGCUCCGCUCCGCGAAUUUUACUUGCAGUAUAAAUACACAACUGUCAUGCGUCACUGCUCUGAAAAGUGAUUGUUAUAUAUUGAAGUAUAUUUAAUAUCGUAUUCUCUUUCCGGAUAUUUUAUCUUUUUUUUUUUGUUUUGUACUUUUUGAUUUCAUGAAAAAAAUUUCCUCGCUUCUGCCAGUCUAGUUUGAUUUUCUGACGAUGUACUUUAAUUUGAAACUUUUCUGUUUGUUGUAAUUCAGCUGAAAACUGGUAAAAUCGAGGGGAGUAUUUUCUGCGAGGAGAUGUAAAGGAAGGUCAAGCUUAGUCAAAGACCUUUUUUCACUUUUGAUUCCCAUGCAGUUUGAAAAGUCCAAUGCAGUAAGCUAAUGACCUUUUUUUUCUCGCCUUUGUAUUUGAGAUUUAAAAAAAACAAACGUUGUAUGCAUUCUUGUUGUGUGCCUAAUGUAACCUGUAUUGCAAGACAGAGAACAUGGAAGUGUUUCAAUAGAAUUGUGUAACAAAUUUCAAUUAAUCUUUUUUAAAUUAAACAAAGCAGGUAAUAAAUUA